ACUCCAAAGUCUUCCUCAUCUACAACACGGGCGCGCAGGGCUGCCUGGAGACGAAGGACUCGCUGGUGAGACUCGCCAAGGGCUGCAACGCCAGCGCCCCGGCCCAGCAGUGGAAAUGGGUCUCGCGCAAUCGCCUCUUCAACGUGGGGGCCAUGCAGUGCCUGGGGGUGUCGUGGCACGGGGCCAACGCCACGGCGGGGCUGCACCCCUUGGCCACCUACGAGUGCGACCGCGAGUCCGUCAACAUGCGCUGGAGCUGCCGCGGCCUCGGGGAGCAGCUCUCGCAGCAUCUCGGCGCCCGCCCGGGCAAUUCCUCCGUGGACAGGGGGGACCAGGCGCGUGGCUCGCAGUGGAGGACGUAUGGCACCGAGGAGGAUCUGUGCUCCGUGCCGUACUCUGAGAUUUACACCAUCCAGGGCAACUCGCACGGGAAGCCGUGCACCAUCCCCUUCAAGUACGACAACCAGUGGUUUCACGAGUGCACCAGCACGGGGCGGGAGGACGGCCAUCUCUGGUGUGCCACCACCCAGGACUACGGCAAGGACGAGCGAUGGGGCUUCUGCCCCAUAAAGAGCAAUGACUGUGAGACCUUUUGGGACAAGGACCACCUCACCAACAGCUGCUACCAGUUCAACUUCCAGUCGACGCUGUCGUGGCGGGAAGCCUGGAAUAGCUGUGAGCAGCAAGGGGCCAAUCUGCUGAGCAUCACUGAGAUCCACGAGCAGACCUACAUCAACGGGCUGUUGACGGGCUACAGCUCCACGCUCUGGAUUGGGCUCAAUGACCUGGACAUCAACGGAGGCUGGCAGUGGUCGGACAACUCGCCGCUCAAGUACCUCAACUGGGAGAGUGACCAGCCCGACAACCCCAGUGAGGAGAACUGCGGGGUGAUCCGCACCGAGUCGUCCGGGGGGUGGCAGAACCGCGACUGUGGCAUCGCCCUCCCCUAUGUCUGCAAGAAGAAGCCCAACGCCACCGCUGACCCCUUCCUGACGGACUCGUGGUCAGAGGUGAAGGUGGACUGCGAGCCCAGCUGGCAGCCCUUCCAGUCCAACUGCUACCGCCUGGUGGGAGAGAAGAAGAGCUGGCAGGAGGCGAAGAAGACCUGCCUGCGGAGCGGGGGGGACCUGGUCAGCAUCCACACCCUCUCUGAGCUGGAGUUCGUCACCAAGCAGAUCAAGCAAGACGUGGAAGAGCUCUGGAUUGGCCUAAAUGACCUCAAGCUGCAGAUGAACUUCGAGUGGUCGGAUGGGACACCUGUGAGGUUCACGUACUGGCACCCCUUCGAGCCCAACAACUUCCGUGACAGCCUGGAAGACUGCGUGACCAUCUGGGGACCGGAAGGGAGGUGGAAUGACAGCCCGUGCAACCAGACCCUGCCGUCCAUCUGCAAAAAGCCUGGCCGGGUGAGCCAGGAGAAGGAGGAGGAUGACCAUGGGUGCCGAAAGGGCUGGAAGUGGCACAGCCCCUCCUGCUUCUGGCUGGGCGAGGACCGCGUCCCCUACAGUGACGCCCGCAAGACGUGCUCCGACUACGGCUCCACGCUGGUCACCAUCACCAACAGGUUCGAGCAGGCGUAUGUUAGCAGCCUCAUCUACCGCUGGGUGGCGCUGCAGGACAUCAAUGAGACGGGUGCUUUCCGCUGGCUGAGCGGCGAUGAGGUGAUGUACACCCACUGGAACCGCGACCAGCCCGGUUACAACAAGGGCGGCUGCGUGGCCCUGGCCACCGGCAGCUCCAUGGGGCUGUGGGAGGUGAAGAGCUGCAGCACCUUCAAGGCCAAAUACAUCUGCCGGCAGAACCUGGGCACCCCGGUCAACCCCGAGCUGCCCGGUCCCUACCCCACGCCCAGCCUCACCGCCGCCUGCCCCCUGGGAUGGAGCUCCGACACCAAGCUCCGUCACUGCUACAAGGUGUUCACCUUUGAAAAACUGCAAGAGAAGAAGACGUGGAUCGCGGCGCAGGAGUUCUGCCGGGAGCUGGGGGCCCAGCUGCUCAGCCUGGCCAGCUAUGAGGAGGAACACUUCGUCGCCAACACCCUCAACAAGAUUUUUGGGGAGUCGGAGCCAGAGCUUCACGAGCAGCACUGGUUCUGGAUGGGCCUGAACCGGCGGGACCCCGCGGGGGACAGGAGCUGGAGAUGGAGCGACGGGUUAGGGUUUUUCUACCACAACUUUGACCGCAGUAACUACGAUGACGACGACAUCCGGACCUGCGCGGUGCUGGACCUGGCCUCCCUGCAGUGGAUGCCGAUGCAGUGCGAGGCCCAGCUGGACUGGAUCUGCAAACUGCCCAAAGGUGCCGACGUGAAGGAGCCGGAGAUCACGACCCAAGGCAGCAAAGAGUGGGUGAAGUACCAGGAGGCCGAGUACAAGUUCUUCGAGCACCACUCGACGUGGGUGCAGGCGCAGCGCAUCUGCAGCUGGUUCCAGGCGGAGCUGGCGUCGGUGCACGGCGAGGCCGAGCUGCGCUUCCUCGGCCAGAACCUGAAGAAGUUCUCCAGGGGCCAGGAGCAGCACUGGUGGAUCGGGCUGCACACCUACGAGAACGACGGAAGGUUCAAGUGGUCUGAUGGGUCCGUCCUCAACUUCGUCUCCUGGGCACCAGGCAAGCCCCGGCCCAUCAACAAGGACAAGAAGUGCGUGUACAUGACAGCCAGCAGAGAGGACUGGGGGGACCAGAAGUGCAUGACGGCGCUGCCCUACAUCUGCAAGCGGAGCAACGGGACGGCCGUGAAGCCUUCGCUGCCGCCGCUGCCCGCUCCCGUGAGCGGGGGCUGUCCCCACGGCUGGUUUCCCUUCCUGAGCAAGUGUUUCAGCUUCAAUGGCCACGACAAAGCCGAGAUAGUGAAGUGGCCAGAGGCGAAGCAGGCGUGCGAGAGCCAGGGCGCCGUCCUGGCCACCAUCGCCAGCCCUCUGGAGCAGG